UCCUACGGGUUGGGACGCACCUGCCAUGGUCCGCAGCCUCUACCCAGACGUUUGCACUCAAGGGCAGAGCAAAAUCAAAGAGGGCGUUAGUCACCCCAUCCACCCCUCUCCCUCACUCUGGAGCAUCUCCUCUGUGCCUAGUCUUCCACAGGCCCCCGUGUUUCCUCAGGAUCUCGAAUGCUCUGUCUCCCCCACCUCUCUUUCUAUUGCACAUCCUGCCUUUGCUGCUCCUCCUGUCUUCGGCCUCGGUUCCACCUGCCUCUGUAUCCUGUGGCUUCCGGGAAGCUGGUAUCCUCCGGUCCUCUCCUCUCCGAUCGCUUAUGGCCUAAUAAAGCACUGAAAAGCCCAACUGAAUUCCAUGAGCAAAGAAAACAUUUGGAUAGUGACAAGACUGAAGACGCGCUGAAGCACAAGGUCAGAAACAGGCCUGACUGCGCGGACGUGGUUAAUAUGCACAUACUUCAAGCCUCCACUACAGAGAGGUCCAUCCCAACUGCUCAGAUGAAGCUGAAGAGAGCCCGACUUGCGGAUGAUCUCAAUGAAAAGAUUGCUCUCCGGCCAGGGCCACUGGAGUUGGUGGAGAAGAACAUACUGCCCGUGGACUCUGCUGUGAAAGAGGCCAUAAAAGGUAACCAGGUGAGUCUCUCCAAAUCUGCAGAUGCCUUUGCCUUCGAGGAGGACAGCAGCAGUGAUGGGCUUUCUCCAGACCAGACUCGAAGCGAAGACCCCCAGGGCUCAGCAGGAUCCCCAGCGGACACCAAAGCUUCGGAGACCCCGUUAGCAGGUCCUGCUCUGGGGGCAGUCCAGGAUCACUCUUCUGGCUCGGAAAAUGACAAGAAUGACUCAGCCUCACAGCUCAGCAACCAGUCAGACACGGGCAAGCAAGGGCUUGGGACCCUGGGCCCCUCCAGUGCUGGGCACACUGCUGUGAAGUCCAAGUCCUUGAGCGACAGUAAGAACCGCCACAAAAAGCCCAAGGACCCCAAGCCCAAGGUGAAGAAGCUCAAAUAUCACCAGUACAUCCCCCCAGACCAGAAGGCCGAGAAGUCGCCUCCGCCCAUGGACUCGGCCUACGCCCGACUGCUCCAGCAGCAACAGCUGUUUCUACAGCUCCAAAUCCUCAGCCAGCAGGAACAGCACCGGCUCAGCUACCCUGGGAUUCACCAAGCCCAGCUCAAGGAACCAAACGAACAGAUGGUCAGAAAUCCAAACUCCACUUCAGCACCACUGAGCAAUACCCCUUUGUCUCCUGUCAAAAACAGCUUUUCUGGACAAACUGGUGUCUCUUCUCUCAAACCAGGCCCCCUCCCAUCAAACCUAGAUGAUCUGAAGGUGUCCGAGUUGAGACAGCAGCUUCGCCUCCGGGGCCUGCCGGUGUCUGGGACCAAGACGGCGCUCAUGGACCGGCUGCGGCCCUUCCAGGACUGUUCGGGGACCCCCGUGCCCAGCUUCGGUGACAUCACGACGGUCACCUUCCCCGUGACGCCCAGCAGCGCGCUGCCCGGCUACCAGCCCUCCCCGCCCGCCAGCGCCUUACCCAACGGCUUGUACCACUUCGGCAGCACCAGCUCAAGCCCCCCAAUCUCGCCCGCCUCCUCCGACCUGUCGGCCGCGGGGUCCCUGCCGGACACCUUCAACGACGCGUCCCCGUCCCUCUGCCUGCACCCGUCCCCGGCCCCCGCGUGCGCCGAGGAGAGCCCACUGGGCGGCCUGGGCGCGGGCCCCCCGGCCCCCGAGCUGGACGCGCCGGACUCGGAGAAGGACAAGAUGCUGGUGGAGAAGCAGAAGGUGAUCAACGAGCUCACCUGGAAGCUACAGCAGGAGCAGCGGCACGUAGAGCAGUUGCGAAUGCAGCUGCAGAAGCAGAAGAGGGGCCUCGGGCCCGAGAGGCCGCCCCCCUUCCUGGCCGUGCCGGUCAAGCAGGAGGACGCCGUCCCCAGCUGUCCAUUUGCGCCCCAGCCGAGACCUGGGAAGAGACCGGGCCCUGCUCCCUGCGCCUCUGAGGCCCCGGGCCGCCCCGACGCCCUCCCCUCCACGUUUCUCAGCCCCCAGUGCUCCCCUCAGCACUCCCCGCUGGGGGCCGUCCAAAGCCCCCAGCACAUCAGCUUGCCCCCGUCCCCCAACAGCCAUUACUUCCUUCCCUCUUCGUCGGGGGGCACGCAAGGAGAGGGUCACAGGGUCUCCUCACCUGUGGGCAGCCAGGCAUGCGCGGCACAGAACUCAGGGGCACAUGAGGGCCAUCCUCCAAGCUUCUCUCCCCAGCCUUCCAGCCUCCACCCCCCUUUCUCUGGAACCCAAGCAGACAGCAAUCAUGGCGCUGGGGGCAAUCCUUGUCCCAAAAGCCCAGGUGUCCAGCAAAAGAUGGCUGGUCUGCACUCUUCUGACAAGACAGGGCCAAAGUUUUCAAUUCCUUCCCCUCCUUUUUCCAAGCCAACAUCAGCAGUUCCAGAGAUAACACAGCCUCCAUCGUACGAAGAUGCAGUAAAGCAGCAAGUGACUCGGAGUCAGCAGAUAGAUGAUCUCCUGGAUGUCCUCAUUGAAAGUGGAGAAAUGCCAGCUGACGCUAGGGAGGAUCAUUCAUGUCUUCAAAAAGUCCCCAAAAUAGCCGGGUCUUCCCGAAGCCCUAACGCCGCCCUCUCCAAACCCUCAUCUUCAGGAGGCCAACUCUCCUUCGAUCACUAUGGUACCGACAGUGAUGAGCACCUUGAAGUCUUAUUAAAUUCCCAGAGCCCCUUGGGGAAGGUGAGUGAUGUGGCCCUUCUAAAAAUCGGGCACGAAGAGCCUCCUUUUGACGGGAUAAUGGAUGGAUUCUCCGGGAAGGCAGCAGAAGACCUCUUCAGCGCGCACGAGAUCUUGCCAGGCCCCCUCUCCCCGAUGCAGACUCAGUUUUCACCUUCCUCUGCAGACAGCAGUGGGCUGCGGCUAAGCUUCACCGAAUCUCCUUGGGAAACCAUGGAGUGGCUGGACCUUACUCCACCCAGUUCUACACCAAGCUUCAGCUCCCUGGGCCCCAGCGGCCCCAGCAUCUUUAACAUUGAUUUCUUGGACGUCACGGAUCUCAAUUUGAAUUCCCCCAUGGACCUUCAUUUACAGCAGUGGUAGAUAAUGUCUGAUGAAGAGGUGCUUAGGCAGACCCAUGGGGAUGCCAUGGGGAAAAUCACACAACCAAAAACGCUCCUAUCAUCCAAAAGGAGGAAGAGGUAGGCGAGGAGAAGGAGGAGGAGGAGGAGGGGAGAAGGAGAAAAUUAAAAAGACAUGAUGGAGACUUCUGUGACAGUCAAUGAGAGCAAAUAGGAGUCUUUAGAUCUAUGUAAAAUGUAAUAUUUACCAACGUGCAGUAACUGUUCAUGAUUUCAGCUGUGCACUCAGAUAUGUGAUUUCUGAGAUCAAGAAUGCCAAAAAAAAAAAAAAAAAAAAA